CGAGCCGGCGGCUCUCGCCGGGAGGCUCUCCGGAGUGGGCGGGCUGAGACGGAGGUCUGGAGCUUCGGGCUGCCUGAAAAUUUCCUGGCACGGCCUGUUGGGGAAGCAAAGACCCAGGGCCACGGCCUCCCGAGGUCCCGAAGGAGUGUGGCUUUGACAGCCCUUGAUUCUUCAGCGCUUAAAGUCCUGGGCCAGAUUUCGGCUUUCUGACUCUUUCUCCUGGGCUGCUUCGAUUUACAGGCAUCAUGGAUCAGGUAAUGCAAUUCGUUGAGCCAAGUCGGCAGUUUGUGAAGGACUCCAUUCGGCUGGUUAAAAGAUGCACUAAACCUGAUAGAAAAGAGUUCCAGAAGAUUGCCAUGGCAACAGCAAUAGGAUUUGCUAUCAUGGGAUUCAUUGGCUUUUUUGUGAAAUUGAUCCAUAUCCCUAUUAAUAACAUCAUUGUUGGUGGCUGAAUACCUUUUUAGAAGAAUUUUUCAUCUUGGGGAUUGGUGAAUAAGUGAGGAUUUGAGAAGCUCAUGGAGUAAAAAAAAUCUGUCAAUA